AGCGAGAAGAGGCACAAUUUGCGCACACUCAAAAGAGCACACACCACGGCAGAGCUCACGGAGCACUGUGAAAACACGAGAGGGCUUGCUGGUGAUGAGCGCAGACCGACGCUGAGCUCUAUUGUAUAUCUAUAGCGUCACAUCACCUCGAGCGCUGCGCGUGGACUGUCCUCGCUGCGGUAAUCGCUGCGUCUCUCCCUUUCACCCCGAAGAAACCUCACCGCAGCUGUCAGCCGAUUAGUGAGCACUUCCAUCGCGUUUACCUUUUACAGUCGCCCGGAGCAGGAAUCGUCAGACCUCCUUUUGGCUCUCCUUUUCGACACCAUGGGGAAACAGAACAGCAAGCUGACCCCUGAGGUAAUGGAGGACCUGGUGAAGAACACAGAAUUUAAUGAACAUGAACUCAAACAGUGGUACAAAGGCUUCCUGAAGGAUUGCCCCAGUGGCCGUCUCAACCUGGACGAGUUCCAGCAGCUGUAUGUUAAGUUUUUCCCUUACGGUGAUGCAUCAAAGUUUGCUCAGCAUGCUUUCAGAACCUUCGACAAGAAUGGAGACGGCACCAUCGACUUCAGAGAGUUCAUCUGUGCCCUGUCCAUCACAUCACGAGGCAGCUUCGAACAGAAACUCAACUGGGCCUUUAACAUGUACGACCUGGACGGAGAUGGCAAAAUCACACGAGUUGAGAUGCUUGAGAUCAUCGAGGCAAUCUACAAGAUGGUGGGGACUGUUAUCAUGAUGAAGAUGAACGAGGACGGCCUGACGCCCGAGCAGCGAGUCGACAAAAUCUUCAGUAAGAUGGAUAAGAACAACGACGACCAGAUCUCGUUGGAAGAGUUCAAAGAAGCAGCAAAGAGUGACCCGUCCAUUGUAUUACUGCUGCAGUGUGACCUGCAAAAAUGAGCGUCUCGGAAAAGAGCCAGGGACUGCACAAAUGAUUAAUGUUCCAUUCAGUUUGCAGCUAUUUCCACUGAUAAAAAAAAAAUUGCUUGGACUACCUUUCAAUGAAUCCGCUUCCUGUGUUUGAAACACUUGUGUGCAUGAGAAUGUUCUUUGCUAACGAAUUUCACAUACGCACACACAAACACCUUCGCACACACACACAUACAUGCAUACACUGCAAAUGCGUACACACACAGACCAUGCCAUGCACAAAUAGAAUUAUAUGAAUAUUAAUAU